CUCGCUCUCUCGGGCAACAUGGCGGGCGUGGAGGAGGCAGCGUCCUUCGGGGGCCACCUGAAUGGCGACCUGGAUCCCGACGACAGGGAAGAGGGAACCUCCAGCACGGCCGAGGAAGCCACCAAGAAGAAAAGACGGAAGAAGAAGGGCAAAGGGGCUGUGUCAGCAGUGCAACAAGAACUUGAUAAAGAAUCAGGAACCUCGGUGGAUGAAGUAGCAAAACAGUUGGAGAGACAAGCACUGGAGGAGAAAGAGAGAGAUGAUGAUGAUGAAGAUGGAGACGGUGGUGUUGAUGGCGCAACUGGAAAGAAGAAGAAGAAGAGGAAGAGGAAGAGGAAGAGGAAGAGGAAGAGGAAGAGGAAGAGAGGACCAAAAGUUCAAACAGACCCUCCCUCAGUUCCAAUAUGUGACCUGUAUCCUAAUGGUGUAUUUCCCAAAGGACAAGAGUGUGAAUACCCACCCACACAAGAUGGGCGAACAGCUGCUUGGAGAACCACAAGUGAAGAAAACAAGGCCCUAGACCAGGCUAGUGAGGAGAUUUGGAAUGACUUCCGAGAAGCUGCGGAAGCACAUCGGCAGGUUAGAAAAUAUGUCAUGAGCUGGAUCAAGCCUGGGAUGACAAUGAUAGAAAUCUGUGAGAAGUUGGAAGAUUCCCGAAAGCUAAUAAAGGAAAAUGGAUUAAAUGCAGGCCUGGUGUUUCCCACAGGGUGUUCCCUCAACAACUGUGCUGCCCAUUACACUCCCAAUGCUGGUGACACGACAGUCUUACAGUACGAUGACAUCUGUAAGAUAGACUUUGGAACACAUAUAAGUGGUAGAAUAAUCAAUUGUGCUUUUACUGUUACUUUUAAUCCCAAAUAUGACAUAUUAUUAAAAGCUGUAAAAGAUGCCACUAAUACUGGAAUAAAGUGCGCUGGGAUUGACGUUCAUCUCUGUGAUGUCGGUGAGGCCAUUCAAGAAGUUAUGGAAUCCUAUGAAGUAGAAAUAGAUGAAACAUAUCAAGUGAAACCCAUAUGUAACUUAAAUGGACAUUCAAUUGGGCCAUAUAGAAUUCACGCUGGAAAAACAGUGCCCAUUGUGAAAGGAGGGGAAGCUACAAGAAUGGAGGAAGGAGAGGUGUACGCCAUUGAGACCUUUGGUAGCACAGGGAAGGGCGUGGUUCAUGACGACAUGGAAUGUUCACACUACAUGAAAAAUUUUGAUGUGGGACAUGUGCCGAUAAGGCUUCCAAGAACAAAACACUUGUUAAAUGUCAUCAACGAAAACUUCGGUACCCUUGCCUUCUGCCGAAGGUGGCUGGAUCGCUUGGGAGAAAGUAAAUACUUAAUGGCUCUGAAGAACCUGUGUGACUUGGGCAUUGUCGACCCAUACCCGCCACUGUGUGACAUUAAAGGAUCAUACACGGCACAGUUUGAACACACCAUACUGUUACGUCCAACCUGUAAAGAAGUUGUCAGCAGAGGAGAUGACUAUUAAACUUAGUCCAGAGCCAAUUCAACGUCUUUA